AUGGAAGUAAGCUCAAGCACAAUUGUCCCAUUACGUGUCCCAUUACGUGAACAGGUUCAGCCAACCAUUUUCACUGCAGGACCACAAGAGAAAACUGAACUUUCUAGUGAACCAAAAUUGCAAGCAACUGAAGGUUACUACAGGCAGUCAACAUCUCCCAAGGAGCAAUUGAGGGCUGUUCAUGAGGGAAGCAGAGAAACAGUCGUCUUUUUUACCGAGGAAACGAGUUCUUCUAAUUUAACAGAGGUAAAGUCUGACAUCCAACCUGCUACUACUUAUGUCCCUGAUCUGACCGGUGAAGUGAUUUUAUCAAAGGAACCUCCAAUAGUUGUUAGCGGUAUUCACGUCAACCAAACAGCGGAAAUUACUGAAACUCCUGUCCUAACAGUAAGUGGAAAAGAUGGUUUUCAGCCUCGGGUGGUUCAUGGGGUAAGCGUCCAAGAUGGCGGUCAUUUAAAUUACACACAAAUCAUUCAGAGCAUUGAGAUUGGUCAGAUAGAUCGUACGAAAUAUGGCCAUAUACGACGCAAUGGUAAAGAAAAACUGACAGAGGAUCAACAGGGUACAAUGGAAUCUGCAGUUGAGACACCAGGGUCACCAACAAUUUCCAGCGAUGAUGUAGAUGAACUGCCGGGAGAUGAAAGUACUGAUGGUCCUCAUGAAUAUAUUAGUGUCAUUUAUAUUAAUGGGAAGGACAGUGGGUUGAGCAUUCUGGACCAACAGGAAAUCAGAACCACCACAAAAUCAGAUGAUAUCAUUGAUGCUGAUCGAAAUUUAGAGGAUGUUAGAGAGGAAAUUGAAGUAAAAAUUGUGUCUCCAACUCAUCUACCAAUGGAUAAUGUGUCGCAAAGUUUGGAAAAGAUCAAAACUGAGGAAGUGAAGUACAAUGACACUGAAGACUGGAGUAAAUUCAUUAAGACAGACGCUGAUGGAUCAGGAGAUCUGUCUACACCUUUAAUGACAGUAACACAGGAACAAACACAAACAGUCAGUACAAUGGCUUCCUUUGAUAAAAUCAGACCAAGUGUGCAUGAACUUCAUACAGAGAAGGAUACCUUGAUGGGCACAAUUGUACCAGGAAGAGUUGCAGACACCUCUCAAGAAAUAGUGUCCACUUCAUUCAUUGAAGAUACAAAGGAGAAUGUUUCACAAGCCGUUUCUGGUAAAGAAGAGAUGCUCGCAGCAACUGUGAGGACUACUCUGAAGGAUGGAGAUGGUCCAAGUACAUUUUCAGAAACCUCAACAUACUUAAUGGUCAAUGGUACAGAGUACUCAAGUGUUCGGCCCGCAACUGAGCAGGACAUGCCCAUUGAAGCCUUUGGUACAUUCAAAGAUGAAUUUCAUGGAGAUAGCACUGUAAGAACUGAAGGUAAAAUAUUUAGUGACAUGCCAGUUAAAGCUGCCACAUCUACACCCACCUCAUCUGCAAUUGUUUUUGAAAUGAUUACUAGAAAAAGUCUGUCCAUGAAAUCGACUUCUGUGCCCACAGCUGAAGAGCAGUCGGUAAUAUUGACACACAGACCCAGAACACCUGUGGAGGUAUCCACGGAUAGUUUUAUCUCAUCGCCUGCUGAAGGUUUUGUUCGUGAACAAGAACAUACAACAAAGAGGGUCUCUGACGAAAAGCCGGAUGAAGAAUUGAAAGGCACACAAGCCACAACACUGGGAAUGAAAGUGGAAGAAUCGGUAAGUUUGUCAACAAGUGAGGAUACAGGAGCAAGUCAGAUAAUAACGCUGCCGACUAUGAUUCAUGAAGCGGCUUCACAAAUGGCAGGCAGCAGGACCGAGGAGGGGAUAGAUGAUACAACAGCUUUAUCCGAACUUGAUGUGACAUUGCAACAAAUGGGAAGGUCAACAGAACACUCCAUUCCCCUUGAAACAUUUGAGAAAGAAUCGCUCAGAACACAAACAACAGCCUAUAUGGUAACUGAGCAAGAAGUGUCUUUGCAUGAAGCAAAGAGACCUGCUAAAGAACAUGGUGUUGGAACAACAAUCGAUUCCCAAGGAGUCACACUUGAAGAUGUAAAGGCUUCAACGACAGAAAAAGUCUAUGUGGAGAUCUCUAAAGAGACCGUGGUCAGUACUUCAUCUUUACGGCCAUCUACAGAACGUAAAGCUGAAAAGGAUGUAAUGGAAGCCGCCAGGGCCACAACAGUUCCCCCUUCUAUAUAUCAGAGCUCGACAGGGAAGCUGAAGACAUUGGAACAACAGGAUCUCCAAAAUACGACAGUCGUGUCACUUGAUAGGCAAACAAAGUUAAUGGAAAUCCUGACUACCCCAUCGUCAUCACCGCCUGACAGAUCAGAAGAUCGGAGGUUAACACAAGCCCCUAAACUCUUGGCAAGAAGCACCGAUGUCACUGAAACAGAAUCUGACAUCAAAAUGACGGAACCAAUGGUGGCAUCAACAGUUCAUCCGGCAAUUAUUUCUGAUAUUGAUUAUUGGGACUUUAAUAAAACCGGUGAACAUAUACCUGGAAGCGGGCCGGACAAUGGAGAGGCUGUUCAUAUUCCAGCACAUUUUAACCCAUGUGAAGAAAGCCCCUGCCAUCACGGAGGAAGUUGCUUCCCACGAGAGACAAGUUACAUCUGUACCUGUUUGCCUGGAUUUACUGGGGAACACUGUGAACUAGAUGUUGAUGAGUGUCAGUCCAACCCUUGCCAGAAUGGAGCCACGUGUAUAGAUGGCAUCAAUUGUUUCAGCUGCGUCUGCUUGCCAAGUUACGCUGGUGCUUUGUGCGAACAGGAUACGGAGGACUGUGAUUUUGGAUGGCACAAAUUCCAAGGACAUUGCUACAAAUACUUUGGCCACCGACGGACCUGGGAGGAUGCGGAGAAGGAAUGUCGUCUGCAGGGGGCUCACCUGUCCAGCAUCCUCACACACGAGGAGCAACUUUUCGUGAACCGUAUUGGCCAGGACUACCAAUGGAUUGGUCUAAAUGACAAAAUGUUCGAACAGGAUUUCCGCUGGACAGAUGGAAGCCCCCUGCAAUAUGAAAACUGGCGACCACACCAGCCUGAUAGCUUCUUCUCUUCUGGCGAAGACUGCGUAGUUAUGAUCUGGCAUGAGGAUGGCCAAUGGAAUGAUGUUCCAUGUAACUACCACCUUACCUACACAUGUAAAAAGGGCACAGUUGCCUGCGGCCAGCCACCAGUUGUGAAAAAUGCUCGAACGUUUGGGAAGCUGAAGCCUCGAUAUGAAAUAAAUUCCAUGAUAAGAUACCAUUGCAGCCGUGGCUUUAUCCAACGCCAUUUCCCAAUCAUAAAGUGUCGAACGAAUGGAUACUGGGACAAGCCAAAAGUUGCCUGUUUAACGCCUUCCAUAUAUCAACAGAACGCCCCUCGGUAUAUUCACGGGCUAUAUCGGAAAGGAUCGAAAAGUUCAUAUGGCCGUGUCAGACACCACCAUCGCUGGAUCAGCAAAUUCCAUUCAAGACACUGACUACACCACUGAAUGGUGGGAAAACUAACUGUUCCUUGCAAUUCGAGCCAAACCUGUUCCAAACAGUGCCUAGAGUAACACAUUUGGGGAAGGGGAGGGUGGGGUAUUUGGGUGGGGUUGGGGUUGAUUUUAUUUUAUUUGAUGAAACAAAACAUUUGGGAGAGACCAAGCCACAGUUUCUUUGAAUGUGCUUUUUUAAAAAAGGACUGCAAAAUAUUUCAUUUCAAAGACGAUUUGAGGCAAGUAAAUUCAAACGGAACUACAGUCCACUUGCAUGUUUGUCCAUUUCACGGUUCAAAUACUACGGCAGCCAUUUGACGAUUCUUGGCAGUCAGUUAAUUCGCUUUGCAAAUAUUGGACAAACUUAUUUAUGUGUGCACAAAUCUGCACAUCUUUCUGCAGGAGUACUUUAACGGUUUAAAGCAUAUAGAGCAUUUUUGCACCUUUAUCCCAUCAUUAGUUUUUCUUUAACGUGCAGGAGUAGUUACAGUCAUAAUAGCAGUUUGCCAACCAAUCGCAAAUUGACAUUAAAGUAAUCUUUUUCACUUUGCCAAGCUAACUUCUGAAGUAUAUGUUUAAAAUUAAGAAGUCAAUUUUCAUUAUUGCAUUCAUUCAGUUAUAUUUCUGUCACCUGGUGGAUAUUUUAAUUUACCUUCGUGCUACAUUUGACUGUAUUGCAAUGAGCUCCAUAUGGAGAAAAAUCCAUGGCACAAUUUAGUUGCAAUAAUCCAGAGAUUGCCUGAGGACCGUUUAAAUUUUUGUCCUAGAUACACUAUUCUGAUCUCUAUAAUAAGCAGUGUUAAGUCUACAGAGACUGAAUAAGGAUUACGGUGCAUUAAUGUGAGAAAAAAAACUAUUUUUGUAGAAUGUGAAUGAUUAAAUGUCUGAUUCACACGUAUUCAGCAACUCCCUUCCUCAAAACAGUCUUUCACUUCUACAGCUACAAGACCCUGUGUAGUGUAAAUCUAAAGGAUGCAAGGUGGGAACAAGCCCAGAGGCUGCAUUGUGAAGCUGCUCUUUAACUCACCUGGAUACAAGCAAUCAAAAUGGCAAAUGCAAAAAGGACGCUAUGUUACCUUUGCAAGGACCAAUUGGGUCUUUCCGAGGUUGAAGUGCUAAUAUAUUAACUUUCUCAGAUAUGGCAGCUUUUUGCAGCCCUCACUAACCACACCACAAUAUGGAGCUGCCUUUUGUUAAAAGGGUGAAUAUAAACCUACAUUUUUUUGUAAAAAAACUCAAAAAAAAUAAAUUAAUUUUUGUAUAUAUAAUCAUCUUAGUGCAUUUUUUUGAAAAAUGAAUGUUUAUGACUGAAUGUGGCAGCUGUAUAGCAUAUGUUGAUGACGUAUGGCCAUUUUGUUUAAUUCUUGGGAUUUUAUUCAUUUGCUUUAAGGAAUUGGAUAGAGAAGCAACAGACGAUAUAUUUUUGUAACAUUCUGCCAUUAACCCUUGGGGCAUCUGUAUAAUGCAGCAUGUGCUUUUUUCAAUUAUCUCCAUGGAAAAAGAUCUAAAUAUUUCAUUUUGAGUCAAAUUCCAAGGGGGAAAAAAUAUAUAUAUUCUCAUUCAAAUCUGUGGGUUCCGGUGGAAAUUUUCAAUUAAAACUAUUUACAUAUUGUAACGAGAAGAAUCAAACCUCAUUGAUUUAUGUUUACCUGUGGAGAAAUGAGAGUUAAUGAAGAAUAUAUUUGUAAUUCCAAGGGUGGUCAGAGCAAAAAAGAAUGUCCGAAAAUUAAAACAGGUCUGGCCAGCAGAUGAAAAAUAAAAAUGUUUUGCAGUAAAUUCAUUUCUAAAAAAGAAAAUAUCCUGGUUGCUUCAUCCAUUUCUGUCUCAUUUUGCUUUUUAUGAACAGCAACUACAAAUUACUCUGUUUGAACAUUUCCCUUUACAAUGCACAUAGACCAAUACUGUAUUUAUAUUUUAAAUUGUAUAGUGUAUAAUGUGAAUGUUUGGAUUUUUGUGACUGAAAUACUGAAAAUAUUUGUUACUUUUUUUUACAUAUGUGUUUCACCAAAGAAACCAAAUCAAAUCCUGGUCAUGUUGUUUCUAUUUUCAUGCAUUAGUCCUACUGAUAGAACUGACUUGAAAACCAUUAUUAAAGAAAAUAUUGAAGCCUC